AUGGAAGAGCAAGCUGAAAUGGUGGGAAGGGCAUUUGUGGAUCACUACUACCAGUUAUUCGACAAUGAUCGGGCCUCUCUCUGCUCUCUCUACCAACCAACCUCCAUCCUCACAUUUGAGGGGCAAAUCAUACAAGGGGUUGAUGACAUUUCUCGUAAGCUAAAUCAGUUGCCAUUCGACCAGUGCCACCAUCUGAUUAGCACCAUUGAUUCUCAGCCAUCGGCUUUUGCUGGCGGCAUCAUUGUCUUUGUCAGUGGCAGCCUCCAACUGCAAGGAGAGGACCACCCACUAAGGUUUAGUCAGAUGUUUCACUUGAUUCCCAAACUUCAAGGAGCUUUUUUUGUGCAGAAUGACAUAUUCCGCCUCAACUAUGGUUGAAACCAUUGUAUUUUCGGCAACAUUGUUUGUUGUAUUAAUGAUAUAUCAUCUAUCAUCCUUGUCGAGGUUAACGGUGGCCAUUAAUCACCCCCAUUGUUAGACUUUAAGAUCACAAGUUCAAAACUUAUCAUUCCUCUCCUUAAUCAUUCUUGUCUCCUAGAAAUAAUUAUUGGCAUCACCUUUUAUUUAUGUGUUAUUUCUCAUCUCAUUAUUGUCAUCCUUGG